CUCUCACUCACUCGACUCCACAAAUAAAAUCCCCCCUCUCCUCCCUCUCUCUACGUUUCAAAAAACUUUGAGCUUAAUCAUGGGUUUUAUUUACAAUUUCGCCACUCAAUCUCCACUCAUUCUACUCUUCUUCUUUAUCAGCACCACCAUGGUUUCACCAUCCCACUCUGCUCUAGUAAAGCAACAACCGCUGGUUCUGAAAUACCACAACGGAGCUCUACUGAAAGGCAAAAUCGCAGUAAAUCUAAUUUGGUACGGCCACUUCACACCAACCCAACGCUCCAUCAUCGUCGAUUUCAUCAACUCCCUCAACUCUCCGGCGAACCCACUUCCCUCCGCCGCAGCCUGGUGGCGCACCACCGCCAACUACAAAGGCGGCCUCUCCACCCUCUUCGUCAGAACCCAAAUCCUCGACGAAACUUACUCCAUGGGCAAGUCCUUGAAGGACAUCCACAUCAGAGCUCUGGCUUCGAAAGCCGCGUUCGGGAGCUCCGUCAACGUCGUUUUGACGUCAAAGGACGUCGUCGUCGAUGGGUUUUGUAUGAGCCGGUGCGGGACUCACGGGUCGGCGACGGUGAAAACCCGGUUCACAUACGCUUGGGUGGGUAAUUCGGAGACCCAGUGUCCGGGUCAGUGUGCUUGGCCGUUUCAUCAACCCAUCUACGGCCCACAAACCCCGCCGCUGGUGGCGCCGAACGGCGAUGUUGGUGUCGACGGCAUGGUGAUCAACCUCGCCACCGUCGUGGCCGGCGCUGUGACCAACCCGUUUAAUAACGGGUAUUUUCAGGGACCCGCUACGGCUCCGUUAGAGGCGGUUUCGGCUUGCACCGGAAUGUUCGGGUCAGGGGCGUACCCGGGUUAUGCGGGUCAGACGCUUGUGGAUAAGAUUACAGGGGCGAGCUAUAAUGCGCACGGGGUGAAUGGGCGUAAGUACUUGUUACCGGCUAUGUGGGACCCUCGAACAUCUUCAUGCUCGACGCUGGUUUGAUUUUGGGGGUUGGAAAUUUGAAAAAGAUGAAUGGGAGAAAUGAUUGAGUGUGGGGCAUGUGUACGGAUGUAGAUAUACGAACUCACGCACGCAAAGAUAUACAUGAGUAUGCGUUUGGGGUUUUUUUUAAAAAUUAUAUUAGGUUUGUCGUUUUGCUUGACGUGUAAAUUGUGCCUAGGGUUUCACGAAAAUGGGCGAAAAUGUAAGGAUAAGGAAUAAAUUAUGAAUAAUAAAUAGUUUUCUACUUUUUAUAGA